UCCGCUAACGAGACUUUACACAGAUGUGUUUCAGGCGUGAGCAGUUGAGACGCUGGGACUCCGUUCGUGCAUUGGGAUCAACUUCUUUCACAGGAUCUACCGUCUCCUACUCGGACACCUUGAGAUCAUUGUAACAGUUAUCGUGAGCAGUGUAGGUCAAGGUGAUCGGGGAGUUACUUUGUUGUAGAAUUUAACAUAUUUAGGCAGGGUUUUAAGCGCAGAAGAAAAUGCCUGUAGCUUCUCUCCUGCCUUUCACGGUCACUCCGAAUAGGAAGUCCGCCAGCCCGACCUCCUUCAGGCUCACGGAGAAAUUCAUCUUGCUUUUAGUGUUCAGCGCCUUCAUCACCCUGUGUUUCGGAGCUAUCUUCUUCUUGCCGGAUUCCACGAAGCUGCUCAGCGGAGUUUUCUUCCGCUCUUCCUCGGUGGAGGCAGAGACGCGCACAGGUACGGUCAGUGACACGAGCACCGGGACGGGCAAGGAUGAGAAGAUCCUGGCCAAGAUCAGAAAAGACCACGAAAAGGCGCUGAUUGAGGCCAAGGACACCCUACAAAAAGGGGCGAGCGAGAUCAAACAGGACAUCAACAGCGACAAAGAGAAACUUGCUCAGGGGAAGGGAGCGAAAGCUGACAGUUUGCCGUUUGUUCCGUAUGAGCGGCCGCCUGGAGCAACAGGGCACGAGCCCGCGGAUCCUGACAUUAAAGCGAAAAGAGCCAAGAUUAAAGAGAUGAUGCAGUUUUCUUGGGAUAAUUACAAGCGCUAUGCCUGGGGCUCCAACGAACUGCGUCCCGUCUCUAAACAAGGCCACUCCAGCAAUUUGUUUGGUAGUCUCAAAGGAGCCACCAUCGUGGAUGCAGUGGACACGCUCUACAUUAUGGAGAUGUAUGACGAAUUCGAGGCUGCUACCGAGUGGGUGGACAAGAACCUAGACUUUAACAUGAAUGCCGAAAUCUCCGUCUUUGAAGUGAACAUCCGUUUUGUUGGAGGCCUGCUAUCUGCCUAUUAUCUCUCAGGCAAAGAGGUGUUCAGGAGAAAAGCUGUUGAACUAGGAGAGAAGCUGUUGCCGGCUUUUAAGACCCCUACCGGCGUCCCUUGGGCUCUUCUCAACCUAAAGAGUGGGAUCGGCAGAAACUGGCCAUGGGCGUCAGGAGGAAGCAGUAUUCUUGCCGAAUACGGGACGCUGCAUUUGGAGUUCAUGCAUCUCAGUGCUCUUUCAGGGAGACCAGUUUUUGCCGAGAAGGUAAUGAACAUCAGAAAGGUGCUGAAUCGACUGGACAAACCUCAAGGAUUGUACCCGAAUUACCUGAACCCUAACAGUGGACAGUGGGGCCAGCAUCACGUCUCAGUUGGAGGCUUGGGGGACAGUUUCUACGAGUACCUGCUGAAGGCCUGGCUCAUGUCAGACAAAACCGACGAGGAGGGAAAGAAGCUUUACUAUGAUGCCCUGCAGGCGGUUGAGAAGAAUUUGAUCCGCAAGUCAAGUGGAGGGUUGACGUAUAUCGCUGAAUGGAAAGGCGGACUCCUGGAGCAUAAGAUGGGUCACCUGACCUGCUUCGCUGGUGGUAUGAUCGCUUUAGGGGCGGACGGAGCCCCCGAUGAUAAGACGGGUCACCAGAUGGAACUGGCGGCUGAGAUCGCCCGCACGUGUCACGAGUCUUACUCCCGAACAAGUAUGAAGCUGGGUCCCGAGGCCUUCCGUUUCGACGGAGGCGUAGAAGCCAUCGCCACACGGCAGAAUGAGAAGUACUUCAUCCUGAGGCCGGAGGUCAUUGAGACGUACAUGUACAUGUGGAGGUUCACCCACGACCCCAAAUACAGACAGUGGGGCUGGGAGGCGGUGCAGGCUCUGGAGAAGUACUGCAGGGUGGAAGGGGGUUACAGCGGAGUGAGAGAUGUCUACGCUAGCACGCCCAACCAUGAUGACGUGCAGCAGAGCUUCUACCUGGCUGAAACACUAAAGUAUCUGUAUCUUUUGUUCUCCGACGACGACCAUUUGUCCUUCGAACACUGGGUGUUCAACACGGAGGCCCAUCCUCUUCCUGUCAUUAAGAAACCGACCCCAGAAAUAGCAAACCAACUCAAGUAAUCUUCAUCCAACCCCAAAACCCCACUGAGACGUAUCUUCCUGAACCUGCUUUAACGGUGGAGAAGAGCUAUGGACUCAAAACCCCUGUGGCUGGAGAGUUCUUAUCCUCCAGGACUUUUUUUUCAAGUGUUUCUCCUCUGCCGUCUCUUCUCGGGAUUCCGCAUGCUGCCCUGUCGCCCCUCUCUCUGUCCCUGAAUCUGCGGACACGUCUCUGAACCUCAGAGACCCAGAAGGACCUUAUUUCCUCUGUGAGGAGACCGGACCAGAUCGUUUUCCAUCAUACUUGCCCUCUCACACAUGUAAUAAAGCCAUAGGUAAUUGCAUAAAAGUCCGUCUGUGUUUUUUGCAUCAUGUGCAUUUACAGGAGCGAAGCUAAGAGAUAUCCACUGGACUUCACCAUCUCCUGCUGUCUGUUUCUUUCGGGAUGAGGUUUGGUUCAGCGUUUUGAGGCUUUAUUCGACAGCAAGGUAGUGAAACCAAGUCAACUAGUGCCUUUUAGUCUUACUGAUCAUUUUAGUUUUAAUAGCAACGCUCUAUUUAUUUUCGCUGUGGCCGAAGGUUUCUUCCUACUGGCAUACAGCCCUCCUACUCUCUUAAUGGAUGUAAGAAUAAGUCAUUUAUUCCUCUACAUUUGUGAGCUUACUUUGUUUCAAAUAAUGUGUGCAAAAUGUGUUUUGAUUGUUUACUUAAUCAGUGGAGGAAGAGACUUUUUUUAUCCUAGACAUGUAAAAUAGAGUACUUUGUGUUAAUUUAUUACUCAAGAUGUAGGGAUUUUUUUGUCUUUUUUUCAGUGUGGAGGGCAGGAAACUACAGAGACUCUUAAGAGGAGACGAUGAUAGGAAAAAAUAUGAGAUGAGAGGAUAAAUUUACAAUUCAAUGCACUGCAGUUGCUUGCAAAACUAUUGUUUUCCUGAGAAGUUUUGCGUUUGCUAGCAAACACGCUGAAUAUAAAUUUUUCUUCCCACUUUAUUUCCAUCACAAACAUUUUGCAAGCUCAUGCAAAGGUUUUGUGAGCGGGCAAACAGCUUUUUAUGAGCGAAAGUUUCUCUGUGGAACACAAAAGGUUUUUGCGAGCGAAUGCAUAGUUUCCUGUGUGCGAACCCAAGAAGACGCAUCAGCAUUGAAAUCUAAUUUUUCCUCCAAUCUAAUCACCAGGUCCUUUUAGGAGCAUUGUAGUAAACUGCAGUGAAGCUGCUCGAAUCCAUUGGAAAAGUGUUUUAUUAGGACAACACGGGCAGCAUCAGUCAAAAAGGGGAGUGAAUAUUUGUAUGAAUGUACCACCAAAUGUGAAUUGAAUAUGCUUUGGCCUAAUUGUUGUGAUUUAUCAUUUUAUCUUUGUUUGUUUGAUCGUUCAUUUGAUUUAACAUGAAAGCACAAAGUUGUGAAUCAGUAUAUUUGGGUUUUCCAUGAAGAAAGAAUAGGAAUAAUAUUACUGUAGGACAAUGUGACGGCACAAAUGCGGAAUGAUGAUGGAAAAAGAUGCAAACCAAUGAAUACACUGGAUACAACACACAUACAUACAAAAUUACAUACACUACAUCUGUAGCCACAUUCCAAUUUAUAGAAGAACAGACCAAUGCCCAUCUUAUUAGUAAUUUUGG